UGAUGGCCGCUCAUUGGUCGCGAAGGAGGAAGAUGCGACGGCCAUGGAGCACGGACUGGGGAAUUUCUCAGACCGUCCUGUCGAUGUGAUUGAUGUCGUUCAAUAAUUCCCACGCGCUGACACGUCGCGGUACGUAGUGCGGGGCGUCUGGAUUCAUUUCCGCUGCUCGGUUUUGGUGAUUAUUGUUUUCUUUUUGUUGUUUUCUGAUUUAUGUUUUGUUGGUUUCGGUUGAUGUGAUGUCGGGCCCGUCGCUCUGCCUUGUGGGCGAAGUCACUCCCUGGUAAUGUAGCUCGGGGUUACUGCACUGGUGGAGCUGUCAGUGAAGGUGUUGCUGUGUGAACGAUGCACGAGCGAUGUCUGAUGUUGAGGCCACGUAUGCAGACUUCAUUGCCUCUGGCAGGACGGGACGGAGGAACGCCCUGCACGACAUCCUGCAGAGUCCAACCGACCCCGAGGGACGAGAGCUGCCCCUCACCCUGUCACUGUCCCAGCUGCACAUCAACGCAGGAGGGGGAGAGGAAGAAGACGCGGAGGACAGCCAGAGCUCCUCCUCGUCAGCACAGAGGGAGGCUGGGCAGAGGAACAGCUAACCUAUAUGUGUGACGUGUGUAGUUAGGUAUGUGUGAUGAAUCCGUUUGUCUAAAAGUGGGCUGGUAGCCGAAGGGUAGCACCACCACCACCACCGCCACCACUGCUGAGGUGCCGGUAAGCAGGGCACUGACACACUCAUGUCCCUGUGGCUCUGCUGUGCAGUGGAACAACAGACUGACUGCGGGGUGUUUUUUUCAGAGUGGGUGUACGCAGACAGACACAUUUUGUAGCUCUUUAAAGAUGAUCUUAGUCUCAGUCUUAGGUACUAAACACACACACACAGGUCAGAUGACCGGAAUGAAACAAGAAACUAGAAAGAGAUCCUAUGCGAGUUUUGUAAUAGUGUAAUCAUUUGUGAGGCCGCUGAGACGUGCUGAUGUAAUGGGUCACAGUGGGAGUAGCAUGUUUGUAGAGGCAGUGAUGCUGAUAGAGAUUAUUUUUCCAGUUAAUCGCUUGUGCUUCUUUCGAACUGACAAUACUGUAGAGGGAACUUGACUUCUCAGCUGUGGUAGAGCUGGAAAACACCACGAACAAAAGCACUGGGGUCUGGUUACUGAAAGGUGUGCCGUGUUUGCUGAUUUUGGUGAAAGUGUUUGAUGACCUAUAUCCAGGUGUGUGCUGCAUGUGAAACUGGCCUAUACUGUAGAAAGCGAACAGACUGUAUCACUGGGAGGAUGGUGUGACAGCAUUCUGCUGACACCAACAAUGUCGAGUUAGCAAGGGUGACAUAUUUCAGUGGUUAAAAAAAGAAAUGAUGAUGGUGUACUACUGUAUCUUACACCGUUUCUUUUUAAGAUCUUUUUUACUUGUCUAGUAACACAAUUAUAAUCCCAACCUUAAAGCUGGGAAGCAGAUGAGAAGAUUGAAACCACUCUCAUGUCUUCACUAAAUACGCAGCUGGAGCCAGCAGAAGUUAGGUGUAGCUUAGCAUAAAGUAUGGGAACAAGGGGAAGCAGCUAGCCUGGUUUUAUCUAAAAAAUCCUACAGCACCUGUAAAGGUCAAUUUCAUUUUGUAAGAUCACAAAUAUCUGUUUAGAACGUUUAAUUAACACAAAACCUAAAUUGUUUCUUGGUUGCCGGGCAACCAGUGGUGACUCAAGGAAGUUACAGGUUAUCUUCAGGGUUUUUUUGAAACAGAAGAAACAAGUCGGAUAUGACAAAAUUUAGCAUUGGAGCCGAAGAGGUGCUGCUAAGCCAGUUCUGUUAAGAUUGGGAUGGAGCCCAGCUAGUAGCUCCCCCGUUCGUAGUCUUAAUAGUAAGCUACGAUUAAAAGCUGUAAAGGUCUGGGUCUGUUCCAUUUGUUUGACUUAUAAAUUAGCCCACAGAUUAGCUGAUUGUAUUCCUUCACUAUUCAUUAUUGUAGCCUACUUUAAUCUCAUGAUAAAGUAGCACUAUUGCACCACCUGCCUGCUCCUACUACAUAUUUGGCACACAGAUGUGAGAGUGGUAUUGAUCGGUUCAUCUGCAUCCCGGCAGUAAAGUGCAUUUCCCAAAAAUAUCAAACGAAUUCCUUCAAUGUACAUAUGCAAUAUUCAGUGAAGCUUCCAGUAAGUGUCACAUGUUUGUGUGUGAAGGUUUCUGCCCCCGACACCGAGGCUGAACUACAUUCCUGCUGCUUCGUGUAAUAAUGGGAUAAAUCUCAUAAUCAUCAUAAAGGGCGUCAUGCAUGCACUUUACAAACUGUAUUUUGUCAUUAUUUUUGUCCUCAGUAUAAUCUUGCUGAAAGACCAGCAGCUUGACUGUUAUCCGUCUCACUCAUGCUGAUGAUAAUAGGGUAAAUAUAGCUCUUUGUUUUAUAUAAUACUCAUUCAGUCAGGUUUUCAAAUUGUAAACUGCCACGUGACUGUAUAGUGACUUAUUCACUACACUGUGUAAACCCAGCCCUUCAUUAGUCAGCAUGUAGACACAUGGCAGAUGCAUGAUUCUGCUAGACGCGUAAGUGUUUGUCUGACUGUCUAUAACCAUGUUUUCUACUACUAUGUGUCAAACAAUGUGUACAAUAAACAAUGAAAGACAGUAAA